AUGAGAGGCAGAAUUUUGUUACCUUUGCAUUCCCUCCUCUUCUGCCUCUUUCUCUUUGCCCUGCCCACAAGUAAUCUUGCCCAAGAAUUGCUCGACGUGGAUGGCGAGAUUCUAAGAAAUGGAGGCUCAUACUAUAUACUUCCAGCUUUCAGAGGAAAAGGCGGCGGCCUUGAACUUGCCAAGACUGAAGGCGAAACCUGCCCUCUCACCGUCGUCCAAGCUCGCUCCGAAACCGACAGAGGCUUGCCGGCGAGCAUCUGGUCCCCACCUCGAAUUGCCAUUCUCAGGCCAGGAUUUUCCCUUAACAUUGAAUUUCGACCCAGAAAUCCAUCCGCUUGCCACCGUGAAUCUAGCUUGCAGUGGAAGGUUGAAGAAGAAUCACAACAAGUGAAGAUUGCAUCCCAGGAUGAACAGCGCGUCUUCGGGCCAUUUAAAAUCAAGCCAUAUAGAGAUGACUACAAGCUUGCUUACUGCGAAGGUAACAGUGAUCGCUGCAAAGAUCUGGGGAUUUCCAUUGACGAAGAGAACAACAGGCGUUUGGUUGUGAAGGAUGGAGACCCACUCGCAGUUCGGUUCGUGAAGGCCAAUCGUAGAGGCGACUAUGCUGGAAUGAGCGUUGUUUGA